AUGACUGUUUUGAAUAUAAUAACAAAUAAUAUAGAGCUCAAUGAAAAGAAUGAGAAUUUAAACUCUCGUGAGAACGAAAAUCCGACUAAUGACAAGAUUGAUGGCCUGCUGAACAAGAUAAAUGAAUUAAAUUUAGGGACUACUACUAAUGAAGAAAUACAUUUCCAUUAUCAAGAUAUAAACAAAAAAGAAUCCAAAGAGAAUGACUCAAAGAAAAAGACUUCAUCGGUUGAAGAUUCCCAGCGAUAUUUUCCUCUUCAUGUAUCAUCGCCGUCAAUUGAGAGUGAAUGUGAAUUCACACAGAAU